GUGGAACCUGUGAGGAUACGCAGCUAGCGUUCAGCGGCGUAAUAUCAAGAAGAAACCAAAGGAAGUUGGUCAAGUGCGGUGGUCACGAGGUCCCGGGGUGGCCCAAUCGGCACAGGAAACGCAAGAUUCGCUCCCGGAGCGUCGUAUAUCCACGGAGGCAACCUGUGGAGAAAAAGUUAGAUCCGAAGUGUGGAGUGUGAGUGUCUUAUCUACACACAACGCCGUGGAGUGGGUACCUCUUAUCGCAAGGUACAGUACAGGCCCGUUGUGCAAAUAGCAACCAUCAUUCUAAGGUGUGGUGAUUUGAAGUCUUCAAAGAAGUUGGUAGUUUACGCGCAAAAAAAAGAAUAUCGCAGGUGGUGAUAUUAGGCGCAGCUCGUGCAAAAACGGAGUGAGAAUUUACAACUUUACAACAACGCAACAACAACUAUGUCGGUCGACGUGUGGUGUAAGGGCGACGAACAGAUGCAGGACGUCAUCGUCGAGGAGGAUGCAGUCAGAUUCUGCCGCGUCACGACCGAGGAGGGGGGCGGGGGAGGACCCGGCUCCGGGGGUCCCAUCUCGAUGGACAAGGACGAGAAGCGGAUGCGCCGGGAGAUCGCCAACAGCAACGAGCGGCGACGCAUGCAGAGCAUAAACGCCGGCUUCCAGAGCUUGCGACAGAUGCUGCCACACCACGAGGGCGAAAAGUUAAGCAAGGCGGCAAUCCUGCAGCAAACGGCCGAGUACAUUUACGCGCUGGAGCAGGAGAAGACGCGACUGCUGUCACAGAAUUGCGCCCUCAAACGCGACCGGGAGCGUGACCAGCAGGACCAGGCGGUGGCAGCGACCGAGCAGGCCGCGGUUACGCCGGCGUCGACGACGACGAUCGUUCCGGUCACGACCGUAGCCAAGAAGCGCAAGAUCGACGCCAUCAUGACGGUGUCGGACUCGUCGGACGAGGGUCUGGGCUCGAUGUCACCGGAGCCGGUUAGUCUCAUGCAGGUCGUGAACAACGCCACCGGCCAGACGAUCAUCACGGCGGCCGGAAAUGGACGGGUUGGAGCGGUGGCCGGACCUACGAUCAGCGUCAGCGCCAAGGACUAUUUGGAAUUGAAGCACCAGCUGGAGGUCGAGCGACGGCAGAAGGCGAUCUUCGAGGAGCGGUUGAAGGCGCUGGAGCGACAGAUCUACCCGGCGCGAGUGCUCUACCCGGACAUUGUCGAGGCGAAUGAGGCGAUCGAGGAACUUGCCGCGAUUCCGACGACGACGACAACGACGACGAAGCCGACGACAAAGAUGGAGAACGUGCAACUGAUCACGCUGGACAGUGGCAUCAUCGCCAAGAAGCAGCUGGUUGCGGUUUGCAACCAGGAGGUGAUCGAGGAAACGAUCCUGCCCAUCGCCAAGACUCUCAACAUUGUUCCGCUGAAGGAGGAGAAGGUAUUCAUCAAGCGAUCACGGUCGCGAUCGCCAACGAUCGAGCCUCUACCAAUCCCGCAGCCGCCACAGCAGACGACGGUGGUGACGUUGCCGCCGAAGAAGAACCGCUUCCCGACGAUCCUGGAAGCGGCCAUCAAGGCCGAACCCAAGGUCGAAGUCGAACGCAUCAACUCCCCCUCGUCGAUCAUCGUCAACGACGAUCACCUAUCGCACCUGUCGGCAAACAGCAGAAAACUGGUUCCGAACCAGCAGCAACAGCAAACCAACUCCCGCAUCAACACCUGCCGACACAACCUGGAGACGAUAGUGGAGGCCAUCCGGCACCUCGAGGGUGAUGCGUUCGACUCGGUGAUCCCCGCUCCGCAGCAGCAGCAGCAGCAGUUGACGAUAUCGCGACCGGCCGCCGUACAGGAAGUCCCGCUUGCGUUGACUACGUCCAACAAGCAGAAAGAGCGCGAUCACCGCCAGAGCCAGCUGGAGCCGUACCUGAAGUUCCGGACGGCACCUGCCGCCGUCGGCUCCGCCUCCAACACCACCUCCACCAUUGCCGCGUCCAGCGCUACCUCCGCCUCGUCCAGCAACCCCAGCGGCCAUCCGGCGAUCGUGUCCGUCUCGAUCACGCCCACGUUGAGUCCCGCCGCCGUCGUCGUGCCCAGCGCCCAGCAGACGGCCUCGCAGAUCCUCCAGCAGCACCAGCAGUGCCGGCCGGGCGUGAUCGUCGUCAAGCAGAACUCAUGAUCAGCUGGUAGUAGUUCCGCGAUCACCGCCGCUGCCACUGCCAGCAAGAACGUGAUCAUCAAGUACCACCACCAGGCGGACAUUGGCGGCCGAUAAGAACCUCUUGGACGGAGCAUUUUUCUUUUUUGUUAAUUAUUUUUAUAGCAGUAGCAGAUAUAUUUUUUUUCUCUCGUCCCGAUCCAGCCGUUAUACACGAAACAACCUUCCACACACAUCGUCAUUCAAUGCAUCCCGCGGUAUAUUUUUUUCGUUUUAUACAAAGUUGUGAUUUUUAUGGCAAUCUUUAUUUUUUCAUAUAUACUUUUUGUUUUUAAUUUCUCGCGCUCGCGCGGUAGGUUUUAGAGCAGACAUUCAACCACACAAAACUUUUGUAUAACCCCCAAACGCCCUUUUUUUAUUAGACGCAUAGUUUCUUUGUUUUAAUUUUUAAAACACACAGAAUGUCACGAGUGAAACAAAAAACCGGGAAACGUAGAGAAGAAAAACAAGCUAAACUAGAAUUGAUAACGUGAAUAUCAAAAUAAUAAGCAACACACACACAUGCGCGUGUUAGGACAUAGAUUAUAGAACGCGAGGAAAACACCUGAGCAGCAAAUAUGUUGACUAGCGAAGAACAAAAAAAAACAAACGUGAAACAUAUACACAUUGUACAGAGAGAGAGACUCCGAGAUGGACGCAAAUAAAACAUAAAGGUAAACCUUUACAACAAC